AUGAAACCCUCUACCGUUUUCUCGGCCUUCGUCACCCUGGCCCUUGCAACCGCCAUCCCCGUCUCCGAACCAGAGACUGGUACCGAGGUAGACAACACCCUGACCCGUCGAGACCCCUCGGACGAAUCCGGCAACUCUCAAUUCGUCCUCCAAUGCGAAGGAGAAACCCUUCCUGCCCCCGGUGGCGCAAGUGGAGAAGGAGAAGGAGGAUCCAGCUACUUCGACAAGAACCUGCUUUUCAAUGCGCAGGGUGCAAAGAUUGAGCCUGAAGCUUGUACCUCUGACGGAUCCACCUGCAGUAACUGUCUCUUCUCUGGUGGUGGUCUUAGCUCGCCUACCAAUGUGACUGGAUGCUGGAACCCGCCUGGUGGUCAAAGGGGAUGUCAAUUGAGCUUUAAGUAUAACGGCUAUGAUUAUGAUACAGAGAAGGGCGAGUCGAAGUGUGGUCAUCUUUCGGGAUUCAAGCCUUUCGCGUUUGAUCUGAGUGCUGUUUGUUAUUUCGAUGUUUGA